AAGACCUUGAAGACAUAUUACAUCGGAGAGUCAUGUCAUGCUGUUCCGUCUGAUGCCUAAUGCAUUCCUCAUUAUCACCAGGUCAACAUGACAUCAUUGACCAGGCACCGAUUUGGAACUUCUCUUGAAGAAAGCCUUCAGCUGUGAUCCUGUCAGCUUAUUCCACUAUUCUACAGCCAAUACGAGUGACAAAAUGCCUAUCAACAGACUUCGCCGGAGACUUCCCUCACCGUAUGACCCGGAGCUUUGUUGUGUAUUAUGUGGACUCGUCGUUCCGAUGAGCACGGAGGAUCCCGACGUGACGCACGAACGUGAGGACUGGAAAGCGAUGGCUGAGAAAGUACGGCGACGCAAAAGGCGGCGAUACUUAGAAAGUAAAAGCCUCAUCGUGCCAGCGAUCGAUUUCGAAAAUGUAGAGUUCAGAAAGAAUCCUCCCCAGUGGUUAUGUUUUUACCGAACAAGUUAAGACCUGUCCCUUUCGUUGUUCUCGAUGACCCGAAAAAGAACCAACUGCGCAUUUCCGGAAUAUCUAGGGGCUAUUUCGGGGAGUACGCCUACCCAACACCAAUUGAUCCCGACAGGGCCCAGAUUUGGGGCGGGGCUCUCAGAGAAAAUCGAUGGAAUGCAGAUUUCCAUAUGGCUAAUCUGCUCGAGCCAGAUUGGAACAGGCAAGCAGGAGAGCGCAUUGGCUAUCCCAUACAUGUGCACUGUUGGUUGCUUCUCGACCGGUUUAUCGGACAUGCCAUCGUCAAGCAGAAUCUGAGGCUUUUUGUUCAAGUUAUUGAGGAAUUCUGGAAGGCGAAUAGGAAAGAGUGGGCAGUCUGGAUACUUCACUUUCCGGGUAGUCGUGAUCCUGACAUUGAUGACUGCUACGAAAAAGGUGUACAUUGGCUUAAGCGACAAUCUGAUCCUACGAAACCUAUGAAGAUCAGAGGAAGACAUGGAGAUGAAGAACCGGGCACAACACACUGGCCAGCGAACCCACUUAGGAUCCUCGACAUACAAAAACUGAUCGAGCGGGUUACUCAAAGUCAUGACACUGUCAUGAAGCCUGAUAUUCGGAAACCGCGCCGUCUCGGAAAAGCCGCCGAUCUCCCCCUGGAUAUUGCAGUCGUUAUCAUUGAUAUAAUCUAUAAAUCUCAGCCUCAUUCUCGGGAGAGAAUUGAAGAUACGCGCAAUAUCCUGGAUGCCUUCGAGUGGAAAUUACCCAAUGCAUACUGGCAGUCACGGUGCAAUCCUGAACUCGUGUUUGAAGUAGGUGAUCUUAUUAAGGCAGAGCAUAUAGUUGACUGGGCCAACUUCUGCCUUGGAUUGGAGGAACUGCUGUUAGAUGAAGACUGGUACUGCAACAGUGGAUUGAACAACCGCGGUCGAACGUUGAAAUUGAUUGCUGCCAUCAAGGAGCGGUUCGACAAAGCGAUAAAGCAGGAAAAUGGAAUUGUGGGGCAGCAUAACGGAUGAUAUCUCUAUUUCCUUUUCUUAGGAUUAUCUACCUUUUCGCUUGAAGGCCAGAGUCUACGGAGUUAUUGGAUAUAUAGACAUUGUUUGUUGCCAAUUCUUUUGUCUCGGGGCCUAGGAUCAAGUAAAAAAAAAAAAUGAAAGCUAAACAUUUUGUUUAGA